CUGAAGCAAGACUUUGAGGCGGUGCGGCAGCUGGUGCAGUCGGAGGCGUGUGGCCUGUCGCCGGAGAUCCAGCAGUCGGUGCUGGCGCUGCGCGUCUUCCAGCAGAUGGACAACGCCAUCAUCUGCCUCCUGCAGCAGCCCAGCAACAAGGCCUGCCUGGCCUCCGCCACCUGGGAGUCCUUCCGCAAGUGCUGCUCUUACCACGGCAGCCAGCACAGCCUGGAGAGCCUGGACGUGCAGGCUUUGCGCAACAGCACCGCCCUGGAGAGCCAGAGCUCCGACCUCCUCGGCCAGCUGCAGGGCAGCGGCACGCCCGAGUCCUAUCUGCCCAGCACCCAGCAGGCCUGGCUGGGGCUGCGGCUGCACGGCGCCCGGCGCUGGAAGGCCCCAGGCCAGGGAGGCUCAGAGGACGAGGCCUUGGAGGACGACCUGCUCGAUGGGGAGGGGCGCCCCUGGACCCCGCAGGAGAAGGCCCUGCACGAAGCCCGGCUGAAGGCCAAGGCCAAGCGACGCCUGCGGCGCACCUCGUCCCGUGACUCCACCCGGGAGCCGGCGCCCGAGGGGGGGGAGCCCAGCCCUGACCCCAGCAGCCCCAAGGGCAAGACCAAUGACAGGAAGUCGCGCAUGGGCAAGGGCCGUGGGCUCCCCAAGAAAGGUGGUGCAGGGGGCAAGGGCGUGUGGGGCGCACCUGGCCUGGUGUACGGGUACCAGGAGCCCGAUGCACGGGACCCCAACUACGACGAGUCAGCUCAGGGCGACACGGUCUACGCCACAGUGACGCCGGAGCUGGAGGAGGGGGAGCUGGAGAAGAACGUGCACCCCAUGGUGCUGGAGUACUUUGAGCACGGGGACACCCUGGAGGUGAUGGUGAGUCUGGGAGGGAGCAGAGGGGCAGCUGCGGUGCCAGGGAGC